CAGCUCGGCAAGGGUGCGUUUGGCGUGGUCCGCACCUGCAAGCGCCUCGGAGGCGGAGGCGGCGAGUACGCGCUCAAGACCAUUUCGCUCGACUUCGCGUCGGCGUCCGCUCUGAAGGAGCUAAAGAAUGAGAUCGACAUCCAGCGCGCUUUUGACCAUCCCCACAUCGCGCGGAUCGUCGAGACCUUCUACGCCAAGCCGACAGGCCCGACUGAAGGUGUGAAUGUGCACAUCCUCAUGGAGAGCCUCGCCGGUGGCAGCUGCAAGACGCGCCUGCGGGACAACGGCGGCGGCUACAGCGAGGCGCUGGUGGCGCAGUACAUGCGGCAGAUGGUGUCGGCGACGCUACAUUGUCACGAGCACGGCGUGGUGCACCGCGACAUCAAGCUGGAGAACUUCGUCUUCGAGCGGGCGGGCGACGACGCGGCCCUCAAGCUGAUCGACUUUGGCCUCUCUGUCCGCGUCGCCUCCGGCGACCGGCUACGGGACCAGGUUGGGACGGUGGCCUUCAUGGCGCCGGAGCAGCUCGGGGCGGACAAGGGCGGCUACGGCGCGGCGGUCGACGUCUGGGCCCUUGGCGUCUGCACCUAUGAGCUGCUCGCCGGCCCGUUCCGCCGGCCGUACAACACUGGGCGGAGCGUCCCGACGUCCCACUCGGCCCAGCUGCGCAUCAUCCAGCGCGCCGGCGCGCCGAAGCCUCUCGUGUCUCCCGUCUCGCCCGCGGCCGCCUCCUUCCUCGACGGUGCGCUCGCCCUGCAGCCGGGCUCGCGCCCCUCCGCAGAGGAGUUGCUGCGCCACCCCUUCUUC